ACAGGCUGAAAGUGCUGUUCCAGGUCCUGGAUGUGAACGGGGAUGGAGGCAUCUGUGUCAACGAUUUGACAAUCGGGCUGAAGAAAUUAGGAGUACAUCGCACUGAACAUGAGCUCAUGUUUUGCAUUUGGCUAGGGUAAGUGCCACUUCUGGUAGCAUGAGGCGAUACCUGGACCCUACAGAGAUUCCACAGACAGUCCAACUCCUCCAGGAUGGCACAUCAAUGUGUGCCAUUGCCAGAAGGUUUGCUGUGUCUCCCAGCACAUUCUCAAGCGCAUGGAGGAGAUUCCAGGAGACAGGCAGUUCGUCUGGGAGAGCUUGACAGGGCUGUCGAAGGUCCUCAACCGAUCAGCAGGACAGGUAUCUGCUCCUUUGUGCAAGGAGGAACAGGAUGAGCACUGCAAUAUCUCUACAAAAUGACCUCUAGCAGACCACUGGUGUGAAUGUCUCUGAUCAAACAAUGAGAAAGAGAUGUAACGAGAGUGGUCUGAGGGCCCAGCGUCCUCGAGUGCCCGCUGUGCUCGCUGACUGGCACCGUGGAGCUCGGCUGGCAUUUGCCAUAGAACACAGGAAUUUGAAAGUCCACCACUGGUGCCCUGUGCUUUUCACAGAUGAGAGCAGGUUCACCCUGAGCGCAUGUGACAGGCAUGAAAGGGUCUGGAGAAGCCGUGGAGAACGUUAUGCUGCCUGUAACAUUGUUCAGCAUGACCGGUUUGGUGUGGGGAGGCAUAUCCAUGGAGAGACAUACAGACCUCUACAGGCUGGACAAUGGCACUCUGACUGUUAGGUAUCAGGAUGAAAUCCUUGGACCCAUUGUCAGACCCUACAUUGGUGCAGUGGUCCUGGAUUCCUUCUGGUGCACGACAGUGCCCAGUCUUAUGUGGUAAGAGAACUCAUGCAGUUCCUGGAGGAUGAAGGAACUGAUGCCAUUAGCUGGCCCCCACGCUCACCUGACCUGAAUCCUAUAGAACACCUUUGGAACAUUGAUUUGUUCCAUCCGACACCAUCAGGUUGCUCCUCAGACUGUCCAGGAGCUCAGCGAUGCCCUGGUCCAGCUCUGGCAGGAGAUACCCCAGGACGCCAUCUGUCGUCUCAUUCAGAGCUUGUCCCGGCAUCGUCAGUCAUGCAUACAAGCACAUGGAGGCCAUACAAACUACUGAAUACCAUUUUGAGUUGCUGCCAAGGAAUUUCAGCAAGAUGGACUAGCCUGCCACAUCAGUUUUUCACUUUGAUUUUGGGGUGUCUUGAGUUUAGCCCUCCUGGGGGGUUGAUAAUUUUCAUUCCCAUCAAACAGUGUUGCACUUUUCAUUCCUAACACAUUAUCCAGUCCAUAUCAAUGCUAAUAUCCAGUUUUUUUUCCCCCCGUAUUGAAAUAUGAUGUAUUUUCAAAGUGUUCCUUUAAUUUUUUUGAGCAGUGUAUUAGUACAGUGGGUACGGAAAGUAUUCAGCCCCCUUGAAAUUUUUGACUCUGUCAUUGCAGCCAUUUGCCAAAAUCAAAAAAGUUCAUUUUAUUUCUCAUUAAUGUACACUCAGCACCCCAUCUUGACAGAAAAAAAAAGAAAUGUAGAAAUUUUUGCAAAUUUAUGAAAAAAGAAAAACUGAAAUAUCACAUGGUCAGAAGUAUUCAGACCCUGUGCUCAGUAUUGAGUAGAAGCACGCUUUUCAGCUAGUACAGCCAUGAGUCUUCUUGGGAAUGAUGCAACAAAUUUUCACACCCGGUUUUGGGGAUCCUCUGCCAUUCUUCCUUGCAGAUCAGGGUUCUCGCCAGGAUUUUUUUCAGCGUAACGGCAGGUCCUCCUGCACACACACGCGCGCGCAAUAGACGGGAACGGGUCAAUCGACAGGAAAGUACAGCUGCGGUGGGGAGACAUAAAUUAACCUAGAUAGGCACCCAGUUGAUAAAAACAAACACACAUGGCGUUAUCUGUCAAAAUAACAGCGCAGCGGCCCUAAUCACAGUGUUAACCCUUCCUGUUCGGCCAGGUUGGCCAGGUCGGUCAGGAAGCCCGGGGUUAACCCCCUUCACUUCCUCAGCAGCCGUAGAGGCAAAGACACAGGAGCCCAGCCGCAUCGAAGAACACUGCAGCCUUUAUUGUCUAUCAACAGUGGCUGAACUGCACAGUAAGGCCAACCCAGCAACUACACACCUUCUCUCCUCCUCCGACUGCACCGACCAUGGCACCGACUGCCGUCUCUCUCACUCGCUCUCCCCCUCCUUCCCCCUCCCUCCCACACACACGCUGCUCUCUCUCCCUCUCUCAUGACGGAGCCACACACUCUCAUAACAACAGCGUAAUCUUUGAAAUGCGCUGGCGUAGCAGCCCUAAUCACAGCGUAAUCUUUUAAACUGAGUGUAACAGGCCGUUAAGAUAGCGUAACGACCGUUACGCUGAAAUGCGCUGGCGAGAACCCUGCAGAUCCUCUCCAGUUCUGUCAGGUUGGAUGGUGAACGUUGGUGGACAGCCAUUUUGAGGUCUCUCCAGAGAUGCUCAAUUGGGUUUAGGUCAGGGCUCUGGCUGGGCCAGUCAAGAACGGUCACAGAGUUGUUCAGAAGCCACUCCUUUGUUAUUUUAGCUGUGUGCUUAGGGUCAUUGUCCUGUUGAAAGGUGAACCUUCGGCCCAGUCUGAGGUCCUGAGCACCUCUGGAAGAGGUUUUCCUCCAGGAUAUCUCUGUACUUGAUAUCUCCUUCCUUCAAUUGCAACCAGUCGUCCUGUCCCUGCAGCUGAAAAACACCCCCACAACAUGAUGCUCCCACCACCAUGUUUCACUGUUGGGAUUGUAUUGGGCAGUGCCUGGUUUUCUCCACUUAUACCGCUUAGAAUUAACACCAAAAAGUUCAAUCUUGGUUUCAUCAGACCAGAGAAUCUUAUUUCUUAUAGUCUGGGAGUCCUUCAUGUGUUUUUUGGCAAACUCUAUGCGGGCUUUCAUGUGUCUUGCAUAAGGAGGGAGGGCGGGAUGGGUAUUCUUAUUUUAAAUGUUUUUAAAUGUUGUACAGCACUUUGGGAGAGAAAAUGGCGGCGACAGAGUAAGACGUGUGUAACGAGGGCUCCCGACAAGCCUCCCAAUUUGAGCUUUUUUCUUAACGUAUGUCGUUGAACUUUCAGCGUAUUUGGCUCUGUUAAGAACACGAAACAUUUUAACGUCCCAAUAAUAUUGUAAUGGCUGCAAAUCUUCGGAAAUAUAAGUACAGCGGACCACACGGAAGUAGGCCCAACUCAGCCUCGGACCAGAGUUCCUCCAAGACCCAGACGGAUGAGUCGGCCCCCCCUUCGCCAAAGCAUAGCAAACCUGACACAAUGGUGGACCUGAAGGCAGAGGUUCUUCGGGAGCUAAAAGCUGACAUUUCGUCGGUGAUAAAGAAGGAGAUUAAAGAGGCCCUUGCGGAAGAUUUUGGUACUCUUAAGCUGGAGAUACAGUCUGUGAAGACGGCAUUAUUCAAUAACACCACCGCGCUUCGUGCAGACAUGGACCAAAUACGAGUCAAAGUUGUCGAUAUGGAAAAUGGCCUCUCCACUUGGUCUGACGAGAUCGUCGCUUUACGGGACACAGUGGCCGAGCUGAAAACUGAGGUAAAGUCGCUGAAGGAGAAAAAUGAAGACAUGGAGGGCCGAAUGAGGAGAUGUAAUCUGCGCAUACUGAGAGUGCCCGAGACCGAAUCCAGUUCAUCACUAGCAGUGGCUAACAUGUUAAAAGAUGUGUUAGAGCUGGAGAAGGAGCCGCUUGUGGAUCGCUCACAUCGCUCACCUGGCCAAAAGAAACCGGGAGGACGACCACGAGUGAUUGUGGCUAAGUUACAUUAUUACCAAGACUGUGUGGAGGUACUACGUCGCGCGCGUACUCGUGGCCCUCUGCACUUCAAGAAUACACCGAUCACAAUUGCCCCCGACUUCACUACAUCUGUGGCCAAAGCUCGAGCUGAAUUCACGGGUGUCAGGAGGCUACUUCGAGACCGACCAGGCGUACGCUACGGAUUACUUUAUCCGGCAAGGCUCCGUAUCACACAUGGAGAGGAAGACAUGAUGUUUGUCGAUCCUGAUAUUGCCAUGGCAUACGUGAAAGAUAAAAUCCUUCCAAGACCUGGGGACGAACCGUGAGCAGGGACUAAAUUGGAUAAUAAUAAUACAGUGUUGUCAUCCAGGCUUCCUUCUAUUGGACCGCAGCACAAAAGGUGUGUCCAUUAUAUAACUAUUUCCUUUUGGUUGUACCAGCUUAAUAUGCUCAUGUCAGUUAUCUUGGUGUAAUGUUAAUCUACGUGUGGGGCGUGAUCGGGAGCCCAAGUAGUCAAAGCAGUAUUUCUCUCUAUAAGCACAGUAAUGUGUGGAUUUUUUGGUUAGAAGGGUUUUGUUUUGUUGUAUAUCUCCUGGUUCAAAUAGGAGAAAGGGUUAGCUAUACCGGAUCUUUACUGCUGUAUAACUUUUAUAAUGUUUACAUGGGUACAGCUAUGUUGGUCUGUGCUGUGCUGUAAUAUCCAAGAUGCUUUAAAAUGGUAAUGGCUAGUACUAGAGUGCUUAAGCACCCUCAUGGGUGGCCAGUUAACUGUGUAAGUUGGAAUGUGAAAUCACUAAACCAUACUUUGAAAUAUAAGAAAAUUAUGUUGCAUUUAAAACAGCUUAAUACUGACAUAGCCUUUCUACAGGAGACACAUGUGUGCACAGCAGAUAGUGCAAGUCUGAGUAAGAAGUGGUCUGGUCAAAUAUUUCAAUCAAAUUUCCAAAGCAAAUCUAGGGGAGUAGCCAUUAUGGUUGGCAGACAUGUACAGUUCACUGCAUCUAACGUGAAGGCAGACACUGCUGGGCGCUUUGUAAUAGUAGUAGGUAAACUAUGUACACUUCCUGUCAUUUUAGCCUCGGUUUAUGCACCCAAUUGGGACGAUUCUGAUUUCUUUAGUACACUUUUCUCAAUGAUAUCAAACAUGUCAACGCAUAGUAUUAUACUGGGCGGAGAUGUCAACUGUGUGCUUUCAUUUAUGGAUCGCAGUGUAACUAGUAAAGUGACCCUCACCAAAUCCGCUCAUUCAAUUAAGUCUUUUUUGGAGACUUAUGGAGUGGUUGAUGUUUGGCGCGCCCGUAACCCCUCUACAAGGGCAUAUUCGUUCUAUUCCCCUGUACAUAUGACAUAUUCUCGCAUUGAUUAUUUUUUCAUGGACAAAAACAUUAUACACUUGGUGAAGGAGUGUGACUAUGGAGCCAUUGUUGUCUCCGAUCACGCCCCUCUCUGUAUGAAAAUGUUUAUUCCUGACACACACUUUGGUUUUCGUCCAUGGCGUUUUAACAAUUUGCUUCUUUCAGAUGAAAACUUUGUUAGAUUUAUCAAUGCAGAAAUCAAACAUUUCUUAGAAGUUAAUCAAACUCCAGGUAUGUCAUUUUGUAGUAUUUGGGAAGCUCUAAAAGCUUACUUAAGGGGUCAAAUAAUUUCAUACAGUGCUCAUAAAAAGAGGGAAAAUUCUAAACAACUGAAACAACUGAACGAAGCAAUUUUGUUAUUAGAUAGAGAAUUUUGCCACACUGCUUCUGCAGAACUUGCUAAAAAACGUGUCUUAUUACAAACUGAAUAUAAUACUUCAUGUACUCGGCAGGCCGAAUAUUUAAUCUCCAAGUCAAAAUGUGGAUAUUACGAGCAUGGGGAGAAAGCAGGGCAUCUUCUUGCACACCAAUUACGUCAGAGGUCAGCCUAUCAAACCAUCUCAGCAGUUAACAACGAUCAAGGCAUUGUAUGCACAGACAAUGAGGAAAUCAACUCAUGUUUUACAAAGUUUUACCAGGCAUUGUACUCAUCUGAUUCGACCGCAGAGGCAUCAGAUUUUGAAGGCUUCCUUAAAGAUCUCAAUCUCCCUGUAGUAAACCCGAAUCAGAUUACUGACUUGGAGAGGGAUAUCUCGGCAGCUGAGAUAAGCUUGGCAAUUAAGGAUAUGCAAAACGGCAAGUCUCCAGGGCCAGAUGGCUUUACGACUGACUUCUUUAAAAAAUUCUCAGAUAUUCUUGCACCAACAUUGUUGACAGUCUUUACAGAAUCUUUGAACGCAUCAACGCUUCCACUCUCCAUGCGUCAGGCUAUUAUUACCUUAUUACUUAAAAAAGAUAGAGCCCCCCUGGAAUGCAGCUCCUAUCGACCAGUGUCACUCCUAAACACAGAUGUUAAAAUAUUGGCAAAAGUUUUAGCAGGGCGCCUGGAGGGGGUGAUUCCCACUGUAGUUUCAUCCGAUCAAACCGGAUUUGUAAAAAAUUGACAAUCCUUUUUUUAAUAUCCGGCGAUUAUUUAAUAUUUUAUACACUUCCACUCCACCCGGUCAACAAGAUGAGGAAAUUAUAAUAUCUUUAGAUGCUGAAAAAGCUUUUGACCGGGUGGAGUGGAAAUUUCUUUUCAAAGUCUUAGAAACAUUUCAAUUUGGACUGAAGUUCCUAUCAUGGAUAAAACUGCUUUAUUCCUCCCCAUUGGCAGCCAUCCGUACCAACAAUAGUAUCUCAUCUUUCUUUCAGCUACAACGAGGUACAAGGCAGGGAUGCCCCCUCUCGCCGCUUUUGUUCGUGGUUGCAAUCGAACCUUUGGCUAUAGCCAUACGGCAAAAACAGAAUAUACAGGGAAUAAAACGUGCGGGCUCGGAGCAUAAAAUCUCUCUUUAUGCUGAUGAUGCACUUUUGUUUCUUUCGAAUCCUUCAGCUAGUAUUCCUGCAUUGUUGGAGUUGCUUGGCAAGUUUGGAAGGAUAUCGGGGUAUAAAAUCAACCUUCAGAAAAGUGAGAUGAUGCCAUUGACGUCUCUGGAAUCAAAUUCUUCUGUUUCAAUUCCCUUUAAGCUCAAUUCUAAAAAAUUUAAAUAUCUAGGCAUCUGGGUGACACGCAGCUAUAAAGAUCUGUACCAAGCAAACUAUUCACCCUUACUAUCAAAUCUUAGAAAGGAUAUAGCUCGUUGGGAAUUACUGCCCCAUUCCCUGGGAGGGAGAAUUAAUUCCGUCAAAAUGAUUAUUUUACCCAAAUUUCUCUAUCUGUUCCAAUGUUUACCUAUUUUUCUCUCAAAAUCCUUCUUUUCUAAACUAGGUAGCCAGAUAUCUUCUUUCAUAUGGAAUAAAAAGCAUCCAAGAAUAGGCAGGAAGAUAUUGCAGUUGCCCCGUGGGUUGGGUGGUAUGUCGCUUCCCAACUUCAUGUAUUACUAUUGGGCGAUAAACAGCAGAGCAGCGCUGUAUUGGUUAAGAAGAGAUAAUGCUGUACCAAGUUGGGUAUCUUUAGAGAAAGCCUCAAUAAACUCAAGCUCUCCUGCUGCGCUGCUCUGCUCCGAAUUGCCUUUUAAACAGCCCAUUUCUUCAUAUUCUUCUAACCCUGGAAUCUGGAAUCAGUGUAGACGGUCUUUUAAACUUAACAAAUUAUCAUUCAUGGCACCUGUUUCCUACAAUCAUAUGUUUAUUCCCUCAAUGAUAGAUGAGGUCUUUAACAUCUGGGAUCAGAAUGGAAUACAUUCCUUAUAUGAUCUUUAUAUAAAUGAUACUUUUGGUUCCUUUGAACAGCUAGUGGACAAAUUCAAGAUUCCCAAAUCACAUUUCUUCAGAUUUUUGCAAGUGAGAAGUUUUGUUAGGUCAAACUCUGAUUGUUUUCCUCUGCGUCCCCCCGCUCAUUGAUGGAUGAUCUUCUGGACUAUCGAAAUGACAUGAUGACGGUUUUAAGCAAGAUCUAUUCUCUGUUUGCUUCAUGUCAUGAAACCAACCUAGAUGAGCUUAAGGGGAAGUGGGAAACCGACCUGGAGGAGCCGAUAUCAGAUACAGACUGGCAAAAGAUAAUCAAGAAUAUUCACUCUUCUUCGAUUUCAGUCAGACAUACUGUGGUUCAGUUUAAAGUGGUCCAUCGUUUGCACUGGUCCAAAGACAAGCUGUUCAGGAUCAAGUCGGACCUGGAUCCUUCAUGUGACCGCUGUAAACGGACACCUGCCACCCUUCUACAUACAUUCUGGACAUGUCCAAAACUGUGUGAAUACUGGCAAGCAAUUUUUGACACCUUCUCUGACAUUUGUGGAACGUUGGUGGACUCUUCCCCUCUGAUUGCCUUGUUUGGGGUGGUUCCUGUAAAUACCCCCUUAGACAGGCAUCAAAGAGAUAUGAUUGCUUUUUGCUCAUUGUUAGCACGAAGACUCAUUUUGUUUAAAUGGAAAAAUUCAUGUCUACCAACUUAUGGUCAUUGGAUGAAGGAGGUGAUGAGCCAUUUACAUUUAGAAAAGAUUAGAUACACAACAAAGGGUUCAAUUGGAAAAUUUUAUGAUCAGUGGCUGCCAUUUCUGUCCUACUUUGAAAAUGAGUCUGCUGACAGGCUGACGUGAUUUCAUAUGUGUAAUACAUAUUGGGGCUGAAACAAUUAGUCAAUCAUUCGAGAUUGAUUGAUUGUUGAAAUGACCGUCAGCUAAUUCGAUGGUCGGUGAUAAGUUGUUGGUGGGGGCACCCACUCUGGGGCAAGUUUGCAGUUCUAGGGGGUUUUAUAUGAGUGGCGAUCAGAAAAAAGAAAAAGCGGUUUGGGAGCCAUGCACGAAGUGAGUGUCCCAAGGGAGGGGUGUUUAUUUGUAAAUUUGCCCCAUCCACGGGGUCUGUAAUGGCAUGUCUGGGGCUUCGUACAGUUCAAAUUUUGUCAGAGGUGUCAUAUUUACACACUCUAUGUAAUUGACCGAUUACUCGAUUGAUAAACUAGUAUUCAAUAGAUUGAUCAAUUACCAACAUGAUCGUUAGCUGCAGCCCUAAUGUGUAUUCUAUUUUAUUUAUUUUUUAAAUAUAUUUUCAAUUGUGUAGUUUUUCUCUAGAUCCGGUAUAGUGGGGUGGGGUUUUGUUUGUAUGUUUGUUUAUUUGUUCCUUUAAUUGUUGAAAAAUAAAAAUAAAAAGACAUUGAUCAAAAAAAAAUGUUGUACAGCACUUUGAGCUGCUUUUUAUUGUAUGAAAAGUGCUUUAUAAAUCAAGUUUGAUUUGAUUUGAUUUGCACUGAGGAGAGGCUUCUGUCGGGCCACUCUGCCAUAAAGCCCCGACUGGUGGAGGGCUGCAGUGAUAGUUGACUUUGUGGAACUUUCUCCUAUCUCCCGACUGCAUCUCUGGAGCUCAGCCACAGUGAUCUUUGGGUUCUUCUUUACCUCUCUCACCAAGACUCUUCUCCCACCAUUGCUCAGUUUGGCUGGAUGGCCAGGUCGAGGAAGAGUUGUGGUUGUCCCAAACUUCUUCCAUUUGAGGAUUAUGGAGGCCACUGUGCUUUUUGGAACCUUGAGUCCUGCAGAAAUUCUUUUGUAACCUUGGCCAGAUCUGUGCCUUGCCACAAUUCUGUCUCUGAGCUCCUUGGGCAGUUCCUUCCACCUCAUGAUUCUCAUUUGCUCUGACAUGCACUGUGAGCUGUAAGGUCUUACAUAGACAGGUGUGUGCCUUUCCUAAUCAAGUCCAAUCAGUUUAAUUAAACACAACUGGACUCCAAUAAAGAAGCAGAACCAUCUCGAGGAGGAUCAGAAGAAAUGGACAGCAUGUGAGUUAAAUAUGAAUGUCACUGCAAAGGGUCUGAAUACUUAUGACCAUGUGAUAUUUCAGUUUUUUUUUAAUAAAUUUGCAAAAAUGUCUACAUUUCUGGUGUUGUGAAGCAUGGAGAUAUGAGAUCCCAGAAUCAGCCACAAGGGGGAGACUCUGACAGAACAACAGCUGAAUAAGGGAACAUUGUGAUAUUCUAACCUGUGAUUUAGGAUAAAAUUAUGCCAUAACCUAAUGAAUGUGUUCGAACUAACCAAGUGUCUAUUAGUCAUGUUCCUUAAUUUUGAAACAGUGUAAAAAUCAGAAGCGUGUCUCACUGUAAAACAUGAUGGUUUGAUUUUUUUUUACUUUUUAUUUUCACGUUUUUCAUUUUACAACAACACAGAACUCCAAAUAAAAUUAGAACAUUACAAAAAAGAGAAAAAAUUAACAGAAAAAAAAGAAAAAGAAAAAAAGGUGUGUGUUUGGGGGGGGAAGUGGAUUGUCAUCUCACUCGUCCUUACAAGGUUCUCUGUCAAGCUUUAGUAAUUCCAUCUUUCUCUUGUAUUGAAGCCAUCUGUCCCAACGAUGGUCCAGAGUUUUUAUUUUAAAUUUCAGAAGGUAGGUCAGUUUUUCCAUAGAAUAUAUUUCCUCUAGAAUUGUGAGCCACUGGUCUGUUCCUGGAGGGUCAGUUCUCAUCCAGUUUCUCGUAAUGGUCUUCUUGCAUGCAAGAAUCAUUAUUUUGAAGAGAUAUAUGUUCUUUUUAUGAAUACAGUUUCCUGGAAGUAGGCCCAGAUAUAACACCCGAGGGUCCCUGGGUAUAGUUGUAAUAAAAAUCUUCUCCAGAAUCUGGGUAACUCCUUCCCAUAAUGUUUGACUUGUAAUACAAGACCAGAAAAUAUGUGAAUGACUGGCAAACAUAUUUCCACACUUCCUCCAACAGUGUUGUUGUAUGUCACUUUGUUUAGAAUUAAUAUGCAGUGUGAUAAAAGAAUCUUAUUAGAUUUUUCCAGCCAAAUUGCCUCCACCCUUUGAACUAGUAGUGGUCUGUUGGGUCAUGCAGAUUGUUUGCCAGUCAUCCUUUGACAGAACAACAUUCAUUUCCUUUUCCCAUUUUGAUUUAAUAUAAAGUGUAUCAUUCCCCAUGUGGUUCUCUAGGCCAUUAUAUAGUUUGGAUACAAUUGUAAUGGGGGUAAUGUUUGUAUGCAUCUGUAAACACUUUCAGCACAAUAUUAUCCCACUGAAGAAUCCCUCUUUUAAUAUAUUUCUCAAAAAAUUCUCUCAACUGAAAAUAUCUGAACCUGUCUUUGUUCUCCAGACCAAACUCUUGUUUCAGUCUUUCAAAGGUCUUAAAGGACCUCCCCUCUAUGAGCGUACACAUGGCUGUCAUGUCUCUUUCUUUCCACCUUGCAAAGGUAUUGUCAGUCCUACCAGGCCCAGACUUAAGAGGACAAGGCGGGCCAGACAAGAAGCCUACAUUCUCCCUCCAUCUUAUGUUUUUUCACCAACUCGUACCAUAUCUUCAGUGAUUCUUUUACAAUAGAGUUAUCUCUCUUUGGAUCUGGAUUUUCCUUUUCACCUAGUCUUGUCUGAGGGCACCUCUUACAAAAAACUCAAUGUGCUUCCAUCUUAGCCUGAUAAUUUGUUGAGCACCAGUAAACCAGGUAUCUGAUUUGGGCUGCAUAAUAGUAUUUUUUUUAAAAUUAGGCAGAGCUAGGCCUCCAUUUUCCUUACUCAGCUGAAGUGUUUUAAAUUUAACUCUGGGUCUUGCUCCAGCCCAAAUAAAUCUUGAAAUUUGUUUAUCCCAUGAUCUAAAUUGAGUUUCAGGUAUUCUAAAUGGUAAUGAUAAAAAUAAGUACAAUAGUCUUGGCAACAGAUUCAUUUUUACCGUGUCAAUUCUUGCGUCAAAAUCUAAGACCAGCUUUGACCAUUUUAUCAUGUCUUUUUGAAUUUGGUCAUUAAUCUUACUAUAAUUAAUCUUAAAGAUUGCAUCCAGAUCCCUGGAAAUUAUUACCCCCAAAUAUUUAAUUGAUUCUGUGUCCCAAUUUAGGUGGAGUGUCUGUCUUAUUGUCUCAUUUGGUUUAUAAUUAAGGGGGAGUAUCUGAGUUUUGGAAAUAUUGACUUAAUAGCCUGAAAUCGAACCAAAUUCUUCCAAAGUAAUCAUAAGUUGAGGGAGAGUAGAGUCUGGGUCCUGGAGAUAAAUAAUUACAUCAUCUGCAAAAAGUCCUAUUAUAUGUUCUUUCUUUGAAAUUGUGAUUCCCUUCAGAUCCUUAUUAUGUCUUAUAACUUCAGCCAAUGGCUCUAUAUAUAAUGCAAAGAGAGCUGGGGAGAGGCAGCAACCCUGAUGUGUUCCUCUAUAUAACUUAAAACUGUUUGUCAGGUCUCCAUUAGUCUUUAUUCUAGCAGUGGGGUCCCUGUACAGGGCUUGAAUGCACCUGACAAAUUGGUUAUUGAAUCCAAGCCUCUCCAGCACACAAUAAAGGAAAGCCCAAUUUACUCUGUCAAACACCUUUUCCGCAUCCAAACUGACGAUGAUUGCACUAAGAUGUUGGUUAUUGGCCUGUUCUAUAAUAUGAAAAGUACGCCUGAUGUUAUCUUGCGUUUGAUAGCCUUUUAUGAAUCCUGUUUGGUCCUCAUGUAUUAAAUCGGGGAGAAAGCCUUUGAGUCUUUUAGAUAUAAUUGACGUGAAUAUUUUGUAAUCUACGUUUAAAAUAGAUAUUGGGCAGUAAGACUGACAUUAUUCUUGGUUUUUUCCUUCCUUUGGAAGGACAGUUAUCACUGCCUUUUUCCAGGAUGGUGGAGUUGUUGCCAUACUAAGUGUCCAAUUUAAUGAUUCUAAUAGAACUGUAGACAAGUCAUCUUUAAAGACCUUGUACCAUUCGUUAGGGUACCCAUCGCUCCCUGGGCUUUUGUUAGUUUUCAAUCUAUUUAUUACAGAUUCUAACUCUUUUUUAGUUAUGGGGGCAUUUAGUGUAUCAUUUUGUAUCCGUCCUAUAGAGGGGAGGUCCAGUCCAGCCAAGUACUAUUGAGUUGCUUCUACAUUAUUUCCAGGCUGCGAGUAUAAUUUUUCAUAGUAUCUUUUGAUGUCACCCGGGGCUCCGGUAGCUUCUGCCUCGUUCUCCUCCUGGCUAGCAACCACGUAGUUAGCCAUGCUGUUUUUAACUUUACUCUUUGGCAUUUUCAGCCUCUUAACCCUUUAAGCUUCAGUCAAUUCCAGCCGUUUUCAGUACAAAAAAUUGCUAAUAUUCUAUUUUUAAAUUAAAAAAAUGACGAAAAAUACAGGGAAUAUUGGACACACAUCGCGAGGUGCAUUUCCUUGAAAACGACCGAUUUGUGGAUUUUAUACCGACUUCAGGACAUGUUUUGGACAAAAUAGUUUACUGACUUGUGUUGUCUGGAUGUAAAAGGUUGGAUUAUGGCCGUUUUUUGUGGAAUCUUUUUUUCUGUGUGUAAUAAUGAACCCAGAAAUGUGAGUCGCGCUGUGUGCAUUGAAGCCGUGUAUAGAGAACGGAUGGAUGAAUAUUUGUUUUUGUCGGACAAAUGUGUUUUUCUCACCCGCUGUGGUCAUCACAUCUGAAAGUGGUUUAUACCGGCGGAUUCAUGAGAAUCUAAGCUUUCCAUCGGCGUAUAGUGUUUGUAUAAUCGUGUUUGCAGCCGUCGGACAUUCUUGAAAUUCCUAUGCAAAUUAGUAAGUGUACCGCCGGCGGUACACCUACGAUGCACUGAAGCGUAAAGGGUUAAGGUCCCCCUUUGUGUUAUUCCCACUCAAAUGUCGAUAUAAAGCUUAAAUGUCUAGCUUACGAGUCUUUUAGUGGGUAAGAUUUUACGGAUCUGUGGCGAGCUGCUCCGACUCACGUCCUUUCGCUACAUGUCCAAAUCGGAAAUCAUUUUUUAUUUUUCGCAGCGGUUUGAUUAUUUUUGAAAGGUUGUCUUGAGAAUCUUUGUUUUUAGAAGUAACCAAGUCGGAACAGCAGCUCACUGUGAAAAGUGAUGUUCUUGGUUACCAUAGGAAACUGGUGUUUUUGAUAGAU